UACCUAUUUGUAAUUUUGAAUAAUUUGUAUUUGUACUUAUAUACCAGGCACAUUAUGGAAUCACUUGAGAAUUAAACACAAUAUGGAUGGACUUUCUCGUGAUAAACCAAAAAAAAGAUCAUUAGAAUGAUAGUGAUCAGCAAAAUAAUAGCAUGAAUACUGAACCAUCAACAUCUACAUCAGUAUCAGAAUCUGGAAACUUAGGGGUAUUAAUGCAGCCAAAGAUUACUGAAAUGUUCUUUUCGCCGUCUGUAUCAGCCAAAAGACAAGAGCAAAUUACAGACAGCCUUGUAAAAUUUAUAGCCAAAGAUAUGCUGCCACUAUCAACAGUGGAUGGUGUUGGUUUUAUUGAAUUUAUGAAGAAGAUAUCACCAAAUUAUGAAAUACCAAGUCGGUUUACAAUCAAAAGGAAGAUUCAAGGACUAUACGAGACAGAAAGACAUAAAGUAGCCAAUGAAAUAAAAAACAUAGACUCAAUAGCACUAACUACUGACUGUUGGACCAGUAAAGCUAUAGAGUCUUAUAUAACAGUUACGGCACAUGGCAUUAAUAAAAAUUGGAAAANAAAGUUACGGUACAUGGCAUUAAUAAAAAUUGGAAAAUGGUCAAUUAUAUUAUUACAACUGAAUUAA